GACGAGAAACUCUAUUUCUAUAUAUUUUUUCACUUGUAAGUGGAGAGAAGAGAAGUCUCAGCAGCUCGAACAAUUGUGACUGGAAAAAUGGUAGAUGUAUGGUGGUCAUUGCUAGGGGCUGCGAUUCCAGCCAUCAUAGCGGGGCAAGUCAUCAGAGUAAGAAGGCGACAUGCAGAUGAACAAAGGCUCAAGAAUGCUCGCGGCCGCGAGAACUCUGAUGAAAUCUUCGUCUGCGAGAGAGUCUGUACUUCGAAGAGAAUGCUGAAGAAGGUCGGCGCAUUUUCUAAGGAUCCGAUCGUCGACACGUGUGUCACCGUGUGUGGUGUCUCGGAACUUGAUGCGUGUGCUGAUGCCUGUGCUAGGACUGUCUGUGUUAACCAACACCAAGUGCCCAAUUGGAACGACAUCUGCAUGAAGAGGUGCCAAAGCGAAUGCCUCAGGCUCUCUGCAUCUUCGAUUUGAUCGAGCUGAAUCAGUAAUUCAGUUGUAUUCUCGUCCCGUAUUUUGAAUUUAAGAACAAAAAAGGGGGGAAAUUCAUUUAUCUUCUCUUUCAAAAUGCACCUUUAUAAUUUUAAAAUCAUUGAAGUACCUUCAAACACUUUGAAA